UCCUCCCGUGGGCCUCUUGGGGCCUUCGUCCAGGGUAAGGUGGAAAAACUGGCAGAAGCUGUUCUGGAAGGCAGCGGUCACAGGGCCCAGGGAACGGAGCAAGGAGAGCGAAAGCAACUAGGCCCAACCAGUUUUUCAGGCCGCUCUAGCCAAAGGAACCAUAAAGACCAGAGCUCGGGCGGCUUCACUUCCUCCUCUCAGUGGUUCUGCCUGAAGCAUCCGGUUCCGGGGAGGGGCCGGAUUUUCUUCUAAAAGUGGGUGUCGGGGAUUACAUUCGGGAUGGCUGUGGUACCGCUGCUGUUGUUCGGGGGUUUAUGGGGCGCUGUGGGAGCGUCCAAUUUGGCUGUCGUUACAUGCGGGUCUGUGGUGAAGCUACUCAACACACGCCACAAUGUCCGACUGCACUCACACGACGUGCGCUACGGGUCAGGUAGUGGGCAGCAGUCAGUGACAGGUGUUACUUCUGUGGAUGACAGCAAUAGUUACUGGAGGAUACGGGGGAAGACGGCCACAGUGUGUGAGAGGGGAACCCCCAUCAAAUGUGGCCAGCCCAUCCGACUGACACAUGUCAACACUGGCCGAAACCUCCAUAGUCACCACUUCACCUCACCUCUUUCUGGAAACCAGGAAGUGAGUGCUUUUGGUGAGGAAGGUGAAGGCGAUUAUCUAGAUGACUGGACAGUGCUCUGUAAUGGGCCCUACUGGGUGAGGGAUGGUGAAGUGCGGUUCAAACAUUCUUCCACUGAGGUACUGCUGUCUGUCACGGGAGAACAAUAUGGUCGGCCCAUCAGUGGACAAAAGGAGGUACAUGGCAUGGCUCAGCCAAGCCAGAACAACUACUGGAAAGCCAUGGAAGGCAUCUUCAUGAAGCCCAGUGAGUUGCUGAAGGCAGAAGCCCCCCAUGCAGAGCUAUGAGUCUGAAGGCCCUGAGCCACUCUCAUCAACACAGUGUUCCUAGACAUCUGCUGCUGCUUCACCCCGGGAUCUCUGCCACAGGCUCGCUGGGCAGUGGCAGUAUCGUUACUGAGAUGAACAUGCACAACAGAAAACAGUGGCUGUGUUUGGACGCUUCAGCCCUUGACACUUGAGAGUUUUGUUUCUCUCCCAGACUUGGGCCAGUUUUUUCGGAGUACAGGAUUUGCUGGUGAAAGGGUAGAUACUCUUUAUUCGUAUUGACAAAAUAAACUGAGGGGGCAUCCCUCCUAGCUGGGAAAUUUUUAUUCCUCAGGAGCUUGGCAUGAUGGUUUGUUAAUGUGUGUGACUUUCCCCCUAUUUUCUUUCUCCAAAACAAUAAAAAGAAUUGUUAGUCACUC